GUUUCUGGAUGGAACUGCAAUCCAGUGCCCGGCUUUCCCCAACAACCCGUGUGUGAUUCAGCAGUCUCCUGAUAGCGCUUUUUGCAGCGAGUGCCCCGCCUUCUGCGCUGCUUGCAUCACGUCACAACAAACACCCCCCCUCCCACCACCACCAGCGCCCCGCUCCCCACCUCCAACGUCCCCAUCCUUGUCUCCAGCUCCUAACACAAUGGCCCCAUCCUCCUCCUCUACAAGCCCCCCCCUCUCACCUGAAGCACCUCCUUCCCAGUCGGGAGGCGGUUUGUCUGUGGGAGCUAUUGCCGGCAUUGCAGUGGCUGCUGUGGUGCUGCUGGUGGUGGUUGGAGUGCUGCUGUGGUGGAGAGGUCACAGGAGACGAGAAGCACGUGCUGCAG